UGGUUGGCUUCAGGUCGCUUGCAAAGCUUGCCUUGGGGGUCGCGGUGCAAAGGGCUGGGGGCUCCCAGGUUGUUAUUAUGGGGUUUUGUCCUUGCAGGGGCAGAGGGUUCUUGCUUUGCAUGGGGGAAAGGGAGCGCAAGGCCACGGGGCUGGUUAAUGAUCACCUGCACUGCAACGCUGCUGCACCCGCCUGUCCCCAUCGCACCUCUCCUGUUUUUCUGGGGGUCCCACUCCCCGCUCCGACCCCGUACAGAUCCUCAAGUGGCCUUGUCCCUACAACUAACCCCCCUCGCACCCUAACAGCCUGUCUGGGGUUGUCUUGCAGCACCAUGCAGCCGGCAGCCAGCAGCUUUCCCCCGGAUGAUGAGCCCCUGCUGGAGGAGCCUUCGGUGAUCAGACCCGGCGGGCGAAAGCCAGGCGACCACUCCAGUGGGGCUUACGUUAUUUUUUUCCUGCUGGGCAUCGGGUCCCUGCUGCCCUGGAAUUUUUUCAUCACCGCCAAGCACUACUGGGUGUACAAGCUGCAGAACUGCUCGGAGCAGGCGGGACGGGCGCCCUCGGACCUGCGGGACUAUUUUGAGAGUUACAUCUCCAUCGCUUCCACCGUGCCCUCGGUGCUGUGCCUGGUCGGAAACUUCCUGCUGGUCAACAAGGUGCCCGCCAGCGCCCGCAUCCUGGCCUCGCUCUUCGUCAUGCUCUCCGUCUUCCUGGUGAUCACGGUGCUGGUGAAGGUCGACACGUCCGCCUGGACCCCCCUCUUCUUCGGCCUCACCCUCGCCUGCGUGGCCGUGGUCAGCGGCGCCUCCACCGUCUUCACCAGCAGCAUCCUGGGCCUGAGCAGCCGCUUCCCCAUGAGGAACUCGCAGGCACUGAUCUCAGGUCAGGCCAUGGGUGGCACGCUCAGCGCCAUCGCGUCCCUCAUCGACCUGGCAGCAGCCACCGAUGUGACCGACAGCGCCCUGGCUUACUUCCUCACCGCCGACAUCUUCAUCGUCAUCUGCAUCAUGGUCUACCUCCUGCUGCCCCAGCUGCAGUACUCCAGGUAUUACUUGAGAAGCCACCAGGAGAGCCUGUCCCCAGCCAGCGUGCUGCCCGGUGGCCCUGUGGGGGACGAGGCAGAGCCGGGGGGCACCACGAGCAGCACACCGCUGCCCAGCCACCCCGGCAUCCCCCCGCUGCGCCCCAUCCUGCGCAAGACGGCCGCCCUGGGCUCCUGCCUCUUCUACGUCUUCUUCAUCUCCAUCAUCAUCUUCCCGUCCCUCUCCUCCAACAUCGAGUCCGUCCACAGGGCCUCGGGGAGCCCGUGGAGCACCAAGUACUUCGUGCCCCUCACCUGCUUCCUCCUGUACAACUUCGCCGACUGGUGCGGGCGGCAGAUCACCGCCUGGAUCCAGGCGCCCGGCCCCAACAGCAAGCUGCUGCCCGCCCUGGUCCUCCUCAGGACCGUCUUCCUCCCCCUCUUCAUCCUCAGCAACUACCAGCCCCGGGCGCACAUCCGGACGGUGCUUUUCGCCCACGACGCCUACCCGGUGGCCUUCACGGCGCUGCUGGGGCUCAGCAACGGCUACCUGGGCACGCUGGCCAUCGUCUACGGCCCCAAGAUCGUGCCGAAGGAGCUGGCCGAGGCAGCGGGGGUGGUGAUGACAUUUUACCUGGUGCUGGGGCUGGCCCUGGGCUCCGCAUGCUCCGCGCUCAUCGUGCACCUCAUCUAGAGCAGCGUGUCCCCGGAGCCCCCCGAGGACAAGCUGGGAACCAAAGCCGAUGGACCAAAAAGCCCCGAGCUCAGGGACACGGCGGGGACACCCGAGUGGCCAAAGAGACCUCUCCUUCCUUAA